AUGCUUCGAAGACCGGUGGUGUGUGAGAGGCUGGACGAUGGAAACGUGGACUCCGGAGCUGAAACUGCCGAAUCGGAUUGCGGUAGAGUGUCCUCAUCUGGCAUUGAGCUGAUGGCCCGGCGGGUCCAGCAGCAGCAGCAGCUCCUGCUAAUAGACAUGCAUCUCCUCGCAAACCCCGGAGAGUCUCUGCUUUUGCAGCAGACCCUGGAUCGGCUGCUGCGUUGGCUCUGCCCGAGCCUGCGCAUCUUUCACGUGUCAGAGAGGGCGUCCCCCUUCCGUGGCUGUGCCUGGCCUCGCCUCUGUUCCGUGGCAGGUUACCCAUCUCUAGCAGUCACCUUCUUCCUCCAUGAGGCUUAUGGCGAGGAGCGGAUCCUUCGAGUGCUGGACUUCUUUCAAAGUCCUCCUUGGCAGUACCACCAUACUGAGAGCUGUGGUAACAGAACGGCAGGAGUCCACAUAACCUCCAGCAGCUCCCCAGCCAAAGCCUCACUUCGGCCCUACCUGCUGCCCAGCCGUGACUUCUACAGCCUGGGUGCAGGGAUGCCGGUGUGGGGGGUACGGCCAGUGCACUGCGGAGGGGAGAUUCUGCGCGUGACGCUGUACAGUGGAUACGACAAUUACGAGGACUCAGUGCGGCUCUAUGAGACAGUGUUGCAGCGGCAGGCAGAGGAGCAGAAAGCCGGCUUCUGCUGGUUCAAUCUCCACUCAGAGCCAGGGCUGUGCCUGCAAUUGGCUCUCAAGCAGCUGUCCCCAGGGGUCCGGGUUGAGCCAUGCAAUUCUGCCGUGCUGCAGUUUAAGGUUGAAGAAAUUGGACAGCUUGUACCUCUGCUGCCUAACCCUUGCACACCCAUCAGCACCACACGCUGGCAGACUGAAGACCUGGAUGGAAACAAAGUUCUUUUCCAGGUGAAAACCCCAGCCAAGCCUCAACGACCCUUGACCUGUGCGUUCCCCAUGACCUGCCCUAAUGUCCCCCCUCGAGGGUUUCAGCUGAGGAGCUCAGGAACUGCCCCUACCCAGAGUUACAGUCACAAUCUGCAGCCAUGCAGUGUCAUCAAUCCCCUGAGCCGGCCAGGACACAGACAAGGCCACAGACCCCUUACUGACCCAGGCCUGGAGAAGCUUUAUGUAGGAGGAGGAGAGAGUCUGGGUUCAGACAGCUGCUGCAGCACCCCCCCAGGCAGCUCGUGCUAUUCUUCCCAGCGCAGCAGCCCCGCCCUGCCCUCUGCCCCCAUUCACCAUGACUCUCCUCUGCGCCCCUCCAUCUCUCGCUCCCUCUCCCACCUCCUCCUGGAAGAGGAGGAGGGUGAAGAUCCAGAGACCAACGUGGACACAGGUGUCCCCAUCUCGUCGCAUUCCAAUGCAGCUGUUACUGUGGUAACACGUUCCUCCUCCACAGACGCUCUGUUGGGCCUGCGCACUGAGAGGCCUGCAGCCGUUGGUGCGUCGGCCCUGGAGAGUUUAGCCAGGGAGCUGACUGAGUGUUUGCCCAGGACGCCUAUUCACCCUACAGGUAGCUCCAGGACAUGGGAUCCUGCUGGUUUUAAGAAUGGCUCUUCCUCCAAGGAGACCUGUGGCAGCAGGACAGUAGCAGUGGGGCAGAGUCCCUCCAAAGGGCCUGUGGUGGAGGGAGACAGGACUGCAGCAAAGCCCACGGCCAAGCCUCUGUCAGUGCACACACAGGGCAAUGAGCCUGUGGAUGAGUUCUUCAUCUGA